AUGGAUACCAAGGGCUGUGCAACAACUACCUCCUCUUCAACCUCAUGCCAAAACUGCUCUAGGACUACAAACGUUAUCAAUUCCAGCAACACCUGCCAUCGUGGUGGUCUGAAGGCCAACAGCUGCCGCGUUCUGAGAACUGUCCAGGUCCUGGGUUGCCAGCCCACUCCUUGCUUUUGUCGCAGACCCAUCUACCUAGUAAAUAACUUUAGUGCCUGUCCUUCUCUGGAUGACUGGGGCUGCUGUGGCGAAGGCAUCAACAGCCAUGAGAAAGAGACCAUGCAAAUCCUGAACGACCGCCUAGCUAACUACCUGGAAAAGGUGCGAGUGCUGGAACAAGAGAAUGCCCAGCUGGAGGGGAAAAUCCAGGAAGAGUGCAGCAGAGAGCUCCCUGUCUUGUGUCCCGAUUACCUGUCCUACUACUCUACCAUUGAGGAGCUCCAGCAGAAGAUCUUGUGCACCAAGGCUGAGAAUUCCAGACUGGUCUCACAAAUUGACAACACCAAACUGGCUGCAGAUGACUUGAGAGCCAAGUAUGAGGCGGAGGUGUCCCUGCGCCAGCCUGUGGAGGCCGAUGCCAACAGCCUACGACAGAUCCUGAAUGCACUGACCCUGGCCAAGGCUGACCUGGAGGCACGAGUCCAGUCUCUGAAGGAGGAGCUCUUCUGCCUCAAAAGCAGCCAUGAAGAGGAGGUUAAUUCCUUACAGAGCCAGCUUGGGGACAGACUCAACAUUGAAGUGACUGCUGCCCCUUCUGUUGACCUAAACCGGGUUCUACAAGAAAUGAGAUGUCAGUAUGAGUCCAUCAUGGAAACAAACCGUAAAGAUGUGGAACAAUGGUUCAAUGCGCAGAUGGAGGAGCUGAAUCAAGAAGUGGUGACCAGCUCUCAACAGCAGCAAUGCUGUCAGAAGGAGAUCAUAGAAUUGAGACGUACCAGGAAUGCUCUGGAAGUUGAACUGCAGGCUCAGCACCGAAUGCGGGAUUCCCAGGAAUGCAUGCUGACUGAGACGGAGGCCCGCUACACAGCCCUGCUGACCCAGAUUCAGAGUCUGAUCGACAACCUGGAGGCUCAGCUGGCAGAGAUCCGGAGUGCCCUGGAAGGACAGAACCAAGAAUACGAGAUUCUGCUGGAUGUCAAGUCCCGGCUGGAGGGCGAGAUCGCCACAUACCGCAGCCUUCUGGAGAGCUCAGACUGCGAGCUUCCCUGGAACCCAUGUGCCACCGAAUGUGAAUCUCCCACGCGUACUUCCUGUAAAGCCAGAGCCCUGGGAUGCCCGGCCCCAGCCUGCACCUCCUCGGUCCCCCAGGGGAUCCGGAAGGCCUACAGUGCCUGCGCACCCCUGUCCCGGCUCCUGGUUAAAAUAUGCACCAUCACACAGGAGAUCCAGGACGGGAAGAUCAUUUCCUCUCAUGAGCACGUGCAGCCUUGCUACAUCACCAGACUGGCCAAAGUCUAA